AUGGAAGCUAAGUUGAUUUUACAAAGCCGGAGCCCGACAGUGACGCCUUCGAGGCCAGCAGAUGAGCGGCGGUGUCGUCCGGUUCGUUCGGUGCUGGCUAGGCCGCCGGAGAAUUUAGUUACGGAGAGGUUGAGGUUGAAGAAGUUAAAGCCCGCAGAUAGCAAAGCUGGUAGCAGUGUACAUAACGACGGCUGGUUUGAUCUUUUGGCUAUUAAUUAUCUAUCCCAAAGUCUACAAGCUGCAACAGGGCUGAAGAGCAUGUCGAGUGGGUACGAGAGCUUGAUGGAGACUACGGCAAUGAUGUCGAAGAGAUUCAAUACUAAAACGCAACAGAAGCUUGUCGUUAAAGCUAUUGACAAUGUCAUCCCCAAGUUCAUUCUAGACAUGAUAAGAAUAUUGCUGCCUCAAUCUCAAUUCACAAGGGAAUAUUUCGCCGCCUUCACCACCGUUUUUUUCGCCUGGCUCAUCGGACCUUCUGAGGUCCGGGAAUCGGAGUUCGACGGAAGGAGAGAAAAGAAUGUCGUCUAUGUAAAAAAGUGCAGGUUCCUGGAGCAGAGCAACUGUGUUGGAAUGUGCAUCAAUCUUUGCAAGAUGCCCUCUCAAGCCUUUAUUAAGGAUUCCCUGGGAAUGCCGGUAAACAUGGUUCCAAAUUUUGAUGAUAUGAGCUGCGAGAUGAUUUUCGGUCAGGAACCUCCAGCAUCAAUCGACGAUCCGACGCUCAAGCAGCCUUGCUACAAAUUAUGUAAUAAUUUAUUUAAACCGCACUUUUAUAUGUACUUCCAUCUUUUUAUCAUUGUGGUGCACAGUACAAAUCUCAAAUUUGGUCCUUCAACUUGGCCAACUCAAUGCUGUUCCUAG